AUGGACGCAACUACGGCUUCAGGCCUCCCACCCAACGUGGUCAUCUUCUCUCCCCAAAACUCUCCAUCCGUCAAGUCGCUCCUUGAAGCAGGCCUUUUCACCCGCCUCGUUACCAGCGCAAGCACAACACCUGAGAAACUUGCCGCCCUCAAGAACCACGCUGAAGUGAAAGACGACUUCUGCUUGUUCCACCGAAACGCUAUCCUUAUUUUUGACGCGGGUGAGAACGCAGAUGCACACCAUGAGCACUUCCGAACUAUCUGUCUGGCGCUGAAGGAGCUGGAUAUUGGAUUGGACGUGGCUGGCUGCAUAAACGAUGCGACGGAUUCUUUGGCAGCUGGAUUUCAGCUUGACAAGGUGAAUGACAAGUCAGCACUUGUCAUUGAUCUUAUCGAGCAGGAGGAGGAUAGUGAUGAGGAGGAAGAGAUGUUUGUUAUGUUUCAAUCCUACAAGUCUUCCAGCGCCGAUUCUCAUAUUCUCGAUACGCGGUUUCGUGCUGCUAGGUCACGAUUCGAGCAAUGGGGCGCCAGCGUGGGAAUAUCGCAGGGACUUCUUCUACCAGAUCAUUAUUAUGGGUUGAAUGAUGAAAACACAGCCAGUGUGAUUCAGGACAUUCUUCACAUCAUUGCCAAAACCAUUUGUGAGGAUGGCAACCCACAGCAGAAUAUGCAUCAAAAUGAGCGGUUCACCGGGAUCCUGCAGUCGAGGCGAAAGAGGCUCAGAUGGGCCCUGGGAGGCAAGGAAGAUCGCACUGAACAGGUUGAAGUAUUUGAAACAUUGGUGCAACAGCUGCACAACCUGGUGUCAAUCGACCACAACGGCCACAAGCAUUCUGGAGAUCACAAGGAUGAGGGCUGGUCUGAUGUACGACAAAUCCUGCUCAACAUGGAGCAAGGAAUGAAAAAUGAGAUGCGACGUGAUAUCUACUCGUGGUUGGGGAUACCCUCUUCCAAUGACAAGUAUCAAGACUCUUUGGACCAACGAGUCGAAAACACGUGCAGUUGGAUCUUUGAUCGACAAGAGUUUGAGAAUUGGGUGUCUCCCGAAAACCCAACCUCUCCAGGUCUGCUCUGGAUCACCGGCCCCGCAGGCUUCGGCAAAACAAUCCUUUGCGCCCGCAUCGUGCAGCAUCUAUCGAAAACCCUCGAUUCACCUGUUUCUUACUUCUUCUUCACAUCCGACCUCGGCACUCGCGAUACUCCCUACCUAGCGUUACGAUCCUGGAUACACCAAGUCGCUGACCUACACGAAGAUGCUUUCGAAUGCGUCCGUCGCGCUUGGGAGGCAUUCCCUACAGAAAAGGCCUCUCGGAGGAACUUGAUUGAUCUCUUUGCCGAAAUCGUCGAAGCUGUACCUGGAUGCACAUUUAUCGCUGAUGGACUGGAUGAAUGCUCGCAGCUUGGGAUUGACGACUCUUCGCUCUCUCGAUUUAUCUCUGAUGUGUUACAGGCCGUCGCAAACAGUAACGCGAGAAUCCUGUUCAUUAGCCGAGACGAGCCAGAAAUCAGAGAGGCUUUGGAGGAGAACGCACCAGAGAUAUUCACAGAGUACAGGAUCACCCCAGACGACGUGCGAUCCGACACCGCCGCUUUUUCGCAGUCCAUCGUCGACAAGAAGUUAUCCAACAAGAGCGAAGAGAUAAGAACGACUAUCUCAGAAGCAAUGACGAAACGAUGCGAAGGCCAAUUCCUGUGGAUUCGAAUGCAAGAGGAAACACUCAGGAAAGGCAUGAGUAAGAAACGGCUUCACGACGCUGUGGAGAAUACACCUCCAGGUCUCGACCGUCUUUAUGACCAUAAUUGGAAAAGAAUCAUGGAGAUGUCUCAAUGGGAGAAAGAUCGGGUCUUUGCGCUGCUGCGUUGGGCUGCCUUUGCGAGGCGGGCUCUGUCAGUCUGGGAGAUCACAGAAGCUGUCCUCAUCACACAGUUCGAAGAACUAGACCCCGACGAGUACCCCGACGAAGUUGACAAUGAGUACGUCAAGACAGAGAUAGUCGGAUUGUGCGGCCCUUUGUUGGAGGUGAAGGAUAUGUUUGUCCAUAUACCUCACUUUUCGGUACGCCAAUACCUUGGACAGCAUCUCCCACUACCAAGCUGGAUUCAGCACAGCGGAAAGCUGCAGAGCUCUUACGAAGCAUACCACCACACAGUUAUUGCGAAGGCCUGUCUGCAGUAUUUCAACCAGCCUCAAGUUUGGCAUGAGGAAUACAACCCGAACAUCACUGGCAGAAGUCUUCGUUGGUACGCUACUGGAAUAUGGGUCAAGCAUAUGAAGGACGCCUCGUCGGAUGACUCAGUUUGGGAACUUGCCACAGAUCUGCUGAGAGAGGAGAACCCGCUAUGGAAGCCAUUUUCCGAGUAUGUGGCCUCAGCCAUGAAUGCGAACGCCAAGAAAGAAGGAGAGACAGAAUAUCACCGACCAUGCAACCCCCUUGAGUAUGCCUUGAAUUACGGGUGGAACGACAUGGCCAAUUACCUCAUAAACGAGACUAAUGCGAACAGACCGAGCUCUUGUGGAAGAGCUCCUCUGAUCGAAGCUUGCAAAGCCAACAUGCCUGAAACGGUAGAGAAACUCCUCCAAUGCGGAGCCGACGUGGGAGCUACAUGGCCAGACACACAUACUUGUCUGCACUUGGCAGUUUGGAACGAGUUUGAUGAAAUAGUCAAGAUAUUACUGAGCCAUGGAGCGGACCCUUCGGCACAAGAUGAUUCUGGAAGAACGCCGCUUCAUGUAGCUUCAGUCAAAGGAAACUUGAGGUGUUGCGACUACUUGAUCAAAGGCGGUGCAGAUCUGACGAAAAAGGAAUAUCAGGGAAUGAAUGCCGUGCAUAUGGCGUGUUGUAAAACCGGCAACAGUGAAGUGGCCAGAUUGAUACUGCAAAGUGGACCUGAUAGCAUGACAGUCGAACAGUCCUCCGCGGGCCCUCCGCUGCAUUUCGUCUGUCGUACCGGCGAUACCGAGAUGGCUAAAGUCUUGAUCGAUCAUGGCUGCGCCCCAUCAUUUACUGUUGUCAAACCCAAUGGUGGUACAGCGGUCAUGUUGGCUGCUGUCCAAGGUCACAUAGACCUGGUCAAGUUACUUCUAGACCAUGGAGCAGAUACUACGCUAUCGACUGUGACAAAGGACGGGGGAUUGACACUGCUACAUCUAGCAUGUAUGAUGGAAGAUUCAGAAGAUUUGAUGAAAGCCAUACUUCGUCCAGGUAUUGAAGAUUCGAUGUUCAUGGUGGAUAGCGAAGGGCGUACUCCGCUACACUUUGCAUCAUAUCAUGGAAGGGCGAACGCGGUCAAUUCAAUUCUUGAUUACAAACACGACAAUAUACGAACUAUGCUCGAUGCAAAGACUACGAAACUUCACACUCCAUUAUGGCGAGCAGCAAGGAAGGGCCAUACCGAAGUUGCAACAGUUCUGUUGGACCAUGGGGCUGCCGAAACUCUUACCAUGGCCGACACGGAUGGAAAGACUGCGUUGUGGAUUGCAUCACGGCAUGGUAAUACCAGCACUGUUGAGAAACUACUGAGUAGAGGAGCUGCAGAAACAAUUGCCGUGGCUUCCGUUGACGGGGAUACACCGUUGUGGGUAGCCGCCAACUACGGUCAUGUGGAUAUCGUCAAGCUAUUACUUGAGCAUGGUGCCGAAUCUACAAUGGCGGUUGUUGAUGUAAAUGGAGAGACACCUUUAUACGCUGCCUCACGCAGGGGCCAUCUAGAGAUAGUCAAAUUACUUCUCAGUCACGGAGCCGAGUCAACCAUUGAAUCUAUCGAUGUCCAUCACGAGACAGCGCUCUACGCUGCCGCAGAUACAGGCCAAGUGGAAAUCGUCAGAGAACUACUGGCUCACGGUGCCAAGUCCACUGUUACAACCAUGACUGCAUUUGGCAACAGCCCAUUAUAUGCUGCAUGUAGAAGUGGGGAGCUUGAUAUUGUCAAGCAACUACUCGAUCAUGGCGCCGAGGCAACCGUUACCGUUGCGAACGACAAGGGUAACACGCCACUUCAUGAAGCGUUAUACAAAGGUCAUGUUGAGAUGAUCAAUCUGUUAUUCGAGCAUGGAGCCGAAUCGACCAUUAGAGCAUUGGAUAAGGAUGGCGACUGUCCGUUGUAUAUGGCAGCGGCGAGAGGAGAUAUUGGGCCCGUUGACAAACUGCUCGAACACGGAGCUGAGUCGGAUAUUGCGACUUUGACGGCUGACAAUAGAUCAACAAUCUUUGCCGCAGCCGAAAGUGGUAGUUUGGAGGUGUUUCAGAGAUUGCUUGAGUAUCCCGAAGCUGAGUCGACUCUAAUGCUCGUGGACGACUACAACAAGAGUAUUCUUUUUGCCGCGUCAAAGGGAGGCAGCGCCGGGAUCGUAAAAGAGCUUCUUGAUCGUGGGGUGGAGAAAUACAUAGAUCUCCCGUCGAAUUGCGGAGACACACCUUUGUCUGCUGCAGCCCAUCACGACCAUGUCGAAGUCGUCACGCUUCUACUAUCGGUCCCCGAAGUCUCCAUCAACCAUGCCAAUAAUUAUGGCGUUACGCCACUAUUCUCCGCUGCUCGCUUCGGUUACGUCGAAAUGGUAAACAUCCUACUAUCAAGUCCAGAUAUCGAACUGGACUGUCAGAACUGGAAGUUCCUCACACCUCUACACGCAGCAGUAGCCAACGGCCACGUCGAGAUAGCAAAGCUCCUGAUUGAAAGCGGCGCCAGCAUCGUAGCCUGGCCAAUUAUAGGUCAGAACUUGCUAUGGUGGGCAGGACGUACGGGAAAGCACGAAAUGGUAGAGCUACUUCAGUCAAUUGGACUGACUGAAGACUCUCUUGGCCCUUUCAGAUAUUUUCACAGAGAAGCUCCACCAGACGAUGCUCCGACUGUUGUCUGCGAUGUCGAGCUUGGGUACUGUGAUGUUUGCACCCUGAGUGUUGAGAAUGACAAGGGAUAUGGCUGUAACAAGUGCUGGAUAUGGGCUACUCUGGUGACAAACACCGAUUAUCUCAAAGGUGUCUUGACGCUCAACUACCGUCUGCGUUGUGUCAAGUCAAGAUACCCUUUACUGGUUCUGUACACCAAUGCACUCUCUGAGGAAGGUCUUGACAUUCUCAAGAAACGAGACAUUAGAACACUGGAAGUGGAACGCAUAUCGCCAACCACCUCACGAGACUACCUUGAAGAUUCGCGGUUCACUGAAUGCUGGACCAAGCUGAUCGCCUUCUCGCUUACCGAUUUCUCACGAAUCGUUCUUUUGGAUUCUGACAUGUUGCCGCUCCACAACAUGGAUGAGCUGAUGGACAUUGAGCUUGAUGCUCCCCCUGAUGAAACUGAAGCUAUGACUGAGAGAAACAGACUCUUUGCUGCUUCUCAUGCGUGCACUUGCAAUCCACUCCGAAAAGCGCAUUAUCCACCAAACUGGAUACCAGCGAACUGUUCGUUCACAUCUCAGCACGACAAGCCCGAUGUUGCUCAGACCCACGGAGCUAGUCUAUCCACAGGUUUAGGUAAACUAAACAGUGGACUUCUCGUCAUCAAUCCAUCCAAGAAUCUCUUCGAUCAGAUUCUCGCCAAGAUGGAUGACCCGAGCUGCUCAGAAUACAAGUUUCCUGACCAAGAUCUUCUCGCAGACGUUUUCAAGGAUCGUUGGGUGGCUUUACCGUACAUCUACAACGCUUUGAAGACCAUGCGUAACCCUAGUGUUCAUGGAGCAAUCUGGCGUGAUGGUCGGGUGAAGAAUGUUCACUACAUUCUGAGUCCCAAGCCUUGGGAUGAGUUGGGAGCUGAUGGUUCGUGGGCUGGUGGGCAGGAAACUCACAAGUGGUGGCAUGAUGCCUACAAGUCGAUGCUUGCAGAGGAAAAGGUUUUGGGUUUAUAG